AUGGCACUUGUCCCUAAUUCUCCACCACACCAGAAUAAGAAAAAAACAACUAGCCCGGUCAUUGUCUUGCCACCUUUUUUGAAAUUGAACGAGCAGAAUGUUAUCACAAUUGUUAAUGAAAAAUCAGUAAAAUCAGUUGUGCAAAUAGAUCAUGGAGGAGAAAAGACUAAUAAAGAAAUUCAAGGUGAUGUACAAAUGAUUUCAUUUCAUACCAGUUCAAGUCAACCCACUGCACAUAUCAUGAUUAAGGUUGACGGAAAAAUAGAACUGAAUACAAAUAUUCCAGUGCGACCAGAUUUAUUCAAUGUUCAUAUUCAUAUCGACAAAACUAUUUAUCGGAAAUCGGAGACAGUGCACGUACGUAUUCUACCACUCACACAUUCUGGAAGUAUUUAUCGUGGCGAUCUCAGCAUUUGUCUUGUGAACGGAAAAGGAUUUGUUGAAUCUUCAACACUAAGAACAAGAAAAGUAGAUGAAACCAACUCCAUGAUUAUUGAACAACUGGAAAUUCCAUCUCAUACUUUCUUUGGUGACUGGGUGGUGAAAGUGCAACCAGUGGAAAUUGGAUCCAAGAGAUCGGACGAUUUGUUGACUUUUGGAAAAGUGUUCCAAGUACAAGAUUAUGAUCUUCCAAACUACAGACUUUACGGAUUCUUAACUGAUAGUAGCAAUUUGGAUGAUACCAAAAUAACAAUCGAAGCAAAAGCAUUCUACGCCAAGAGCACAAACUUUCCAAUUCUCGCCGUAUUAGACACCAAAACGAUGACACAUAAGUUCAUGUGUACUGCCGCGAGGUUGGAUCUUCAUCGCAAGACCGCAGUCAUCUGA